GGGAGAGAGACUCCAGGGGAGGAGAGGAGAGAUUUAAAUUCCAAUCUGUUAUUGCCAGGCAUGUAAGACUGAAGCAGAAGAGAUUGCUAAGGGGCAUAUCUGGGAGGAUAGACAUGGAGUUUAAAGCCCUACUGUGUGUUGUGGCCUUUUUUAAAUUAAAGAAGGUUUACUUAAAGUUAUUUUUUGUAUUUUGUGUUUGUCUUCAUGAUGUCUGUGCACCACAUGACCGCAGUGUCUGCAGAGGCUAUACGAGGCAUUGGAUCCCCAGAAACUGGAGUUACACGGGUGGUUUGUUAACUACCAUCAUGGGUGCUAGGAACCAAAUUCUGGUCCCCUCAAAGAGCAGGGAGAGGUCCCAGCUGCUGAACCAUCUCUCCAGCCCUAUAUUCCGUGACCCAGGAUACCCUUACGCAGUCCCACAUAUUUCCUGUUGAUUAAAUUAAUUUGCUCUUAGGUGGUUGUGUAUAUAACUGCUUUCUGAUGAGUGGUGCCCCACACCCAGGUCAGUAUUCCUUAUAAAACCUGUCCUGCAUUCAUAUCUUGAUGGAGUUUUUUGGUGCCAGCUUGGGGUUUGGACGUGGUGUCUCACUGAGUUGCUCAGGCUACCUGUAAGCUCUAGAGAAUUUCCUCUCACAAAGCAGAUACAAAUGUGAUGCCAGGAGAUGCAUCCAUCCACUACAGAGAAAGAGAGUCAGAUCUGCGCUCCUGCCCAGGGCUAGUCACCCUAUUGGGCACUUAGAGCAGAUGUAAGUUAUACAUAUUCUCUAUGAGCUGGGACACAGGGUCAUUUAGUUACAUAUGCAGAAUAGUGAUUGACUAAGGGAUGUGCCAGCUGUGUCCUGCACGUGAGCGACACCAGUACAGCCCUGUCUUGGUGCUGUCAUCACUGUGCAGGUCCCCUUCAGGAGUCUCAGCCUUAGACAUGGAUGAGCCCCUUUUGUAAAGGGUGCCUCCACGAAUGUGUGGCAGUCACUGUGUUGCUGUUUAGUGGUUCCUAGGGGUGACCAGGGGGAGAGGACAUGCAGAAGUUGUGGUGCAGAAGUUGUGUGUACUUGUCUUAGACCUCAAAGGUUUAUAGUUAAAAAUGCUUUCUGCUUGUGCUCUUCAGUAAGUUGCCCUAUUUUAGGGGAAUGGGUGAAAUUUCUUCUUUGAGACACAGAGAACAGUUCCAUGUGAGCUCUGCAGACUGCUGGGCUCUGUCCAGGUAGGACUCUUGCUUCUGGACUCAACACCCUCAGCCAAAGGUUGGUUCACAGAAUCCAACACAAAAAGCAGAGACCAGAUGCUAGUUUGGAGCAUCUGAAAAACAUUUGUUGAAAAGAAGGUGACAGGUGACAGCUGUUCGCAGUGCAUUGUGAAUGGUGUGAGAUUGUUUUACUAUGUGUCAUCAGAAUCAGAGUGUGCUUGAAGGGAGAGUAAGAUGCUUGUAAGUAACAGUUGUCUUUAAAAUGAACGUUGCUUUGAAAGGCCAUGCUUGUGUUUCUUUAGUCAUGUCCUGUUGGUGCUUGGGUCUCUCUGUGAUCUCUUGGGUCUCUGAGUACCUGAUUACCAAAGGAGGCAAGAAGGAGGGCCUAGGGCUGGAGUGUUUGGGAGCAGCAGGUCAAGGGUCAGGGGUCACAGCAUAGAUUGUGUAGGUGUUGAGUAGUUGAUGUUCUUCUGAGUGUUGCUUGGCACUAUGGACGGUGGUGUUUAGGUGUGCAGAACAGAGGGCAGGGUGUCCGUCAGAGAAGGCAGGAUUGGCCACAGAGUGGACCUAGAACCUAUGGGCUUGAUGAGUCCCUAGGGCAGGGAGGAGGGAGGUCUACCCUUGGCAGACUGGCCAGUCACUCAUUUUUGCAGGCCAGUAGACCUAGAGUCAAGUGACUCACUGUGGCAGAGACCCACAGCCUGUUUUUCCACACCAUAGCUUUCCACCAGUGGUUUGCUGGACACGGCCUUGUUCAUGCCAGAGUGUGAAUGCCCCAAGGCUUUGAGGGACAUCAAGACAGCAGGGCAGGCAGGUCAGUGAGGCCAACAAGAUUUGACGGAGGCUGCAAGGCCCUGUCCAGCAGUUGUGCAGGCAUCAGGCACCCUAUGCUGCUGUUGUUCUGGAGCCAGGGAAUUGCCUCUGGAACUGAAGUGUGGGAAUGGUCCUGGUAGGUGAUUUGUUAACUGAAUGAAAGGUGACUGGAGUUUUGCUGGGAAGAGGCCUCGGGAGAUGCUGCUGCUCCCAGCUGCUUAUGGCCUCCCUGUCUUCAGCAUGUCUCAGAUAGCAGACACUUUACAGUCUGUUUCUCAGGACACUUCACCCACUUCUUAAGCUCAGCUGAGACUGAACACCUGCUUCACAGCUAAGACCCUGGGAGGUCAUGUCCGUCCUUCCAACCCACAUUCCCAGAUGCCCCCUUGUCUCCUAGGGACUAGCUUGCUCUUUUGAGAGCACCAGCUAUACUCCCACACCCCUCAAAGGCUCUAAAGAACCCUGGUUGGCAGAAAGUGUGAUUAGCAGCUGCCCCCAGCCUUUAGGCUGCCUCGGAGAUGGAAGUACAGCCAGGAGGUGGAAAUGGUGGUCUCCAGAUGGGAGAGGCCAUUGGCAGAUGUGGAGGUACCAUGCUGUUACUGCGGGUAGUCCAGGCCUCUCCACACCUGCCUCAGCUCAAGUAGACUUCUUUCUGAGACAAUGGGGCUCGCUGUGUAAUUACUCUGAGAGUUGAGAGGGAGCCCAGGAGAGGCUGCUGUGCUAGAGGAUGAGGGAGGAGCUUGUCAUUGAAGAGCCUAAGUUGAUAGAAAAGGAAAACACGAUGGACCAAGCAGAGGUGGCUCUUGUGGUGUGCGGGUGAUGUUUAGAGGAUGCGAGAGGAAUGGGCUCCAGUUGGCUUUGAGUGCAGCAUCUUGGAGAGGAGGCAGGAGGCAGAUCUGGACUGAUAGGAAGGGGGGCUUGAAGGCUGUGCUCCCCCUGCAGUGUGGAGAACGGAUACCCAACAGGGAGCGCAGUGAUCAGUGAUGUACUAUGUACUAUAAGUGUGUCUUAUGCUCAGGUGAGGCCACCUCCAGGGUGCUGUCCAGGACCUGCCCUGCCGGCCUAUGGUAUGCUUCAGAAGCCGUCCACCAUCUUAACCCGUGUUUACUGUAGAGACUGAGUGUAGGCUGGAAGAUGCUGACUGGUAGUGUCAGCGGGAAGUGUCCAGCCAGGAUUGAUAACAGCAGCAGGAGAUUUGCUUCCCUUAUCUCCGAAGCUUCCCAGAACUCUAAGAUCCUGUUUUUACAUCGUCUCUCAAGGUCUUUGUGGUGUGUGGGGGUUAUAACUCACAUGGCUGCAGCCAGUGUGACUCCCCCUGGCUCCCUAGAACUGCUGCAGCCUGGCUUCUCCAAGACCCUCUUGGGGACCAGGUUAGAAGCCAAGUACCUGUGUUCAGCCUGCAGAAACAUCCUGCGGAGGCCUUUCCAGGCCCAGUGUGGGCACCGCUACUGCUCCUUCUGUCUGACCAGCAUCCUCAGCUCUGGGCCUCAGAACUGUGCUGCCUGCGUCCAUGAAGGCCUGUAUGAAGAAGGCAUUUCUAUUUUAGAGAGUAGUUCGGCCUUUCCAGAUAACGCUGCCCGCAGAGAGGUGGAGAGCCUGCCAGCUGUCUGUCCUAAUGAUGGAUGCGCCUGGAAGGGGACCUUGAAAGAGUACGAGAGCUGCCAUGAAGGGUUGUGCCCAUUCCUGCUGACUGAGUGUCCUGCAUGUAAAGGCCUGGUCCGCCUCAGCGAGAAGAAGCACCACACUGAACAGGAGUGCCCCAAAAGGAGCCUGAGCUGCCAGCACUGCAGGGCACCCUGUAGCCAUGCGGACCUGGAGGUACACUAUGAGGUCUGCCCCAAGUUUCCCUUGACCUGUGAUGGCUGUGGCAAGAAGAAGAUCUCUCGGGAGAAGUUUCAGGACCAUGUUAGAGCAUGCAACAAGUGCCGGGUUCUCUGCAGAUUCCACACCAUCGGCUGUUCAGAGAUGGUGGAGACUGAGAACCUGCAGGACCAUGAGCUGCAGCGGUUACGGGAACACCUGGCCCUAUUGCUGAGCUCAUUCCUGGAGUCCCAAGCCUCACAAGGAGCCCAGAACCAGGUGGGGCCAGAGCUGCUACAGCGGUGCCAGAUUUUGGAGCAGAAGAUAGCCACCUUUGAGAACAUUGUCUGCGUCUUGAACCGGGAGGUAGAAAGGGUAGCAGUGACUGCAGAGGCUUGUAGCCGGCAGCACCGGCUAGACCAGGACAAGAUCGAGGCCCUGAGUAACAAGGUGCAGCAGCUGGAGAGGACCAUUGGCCUCAAGGACCUGGCCAUGGCUGACCUGGAGCAGAAGGUCUCAGAGUUGGAGGUGUCCACCUACGAUGGGGUCUUCAUCUGGAAGAUCUCCGACUUCGCCAGAAAGCGUCAGGAAGCUGUAGCAGGCCGGACACCUGCUAUCUUCUCCCCAGCCUUCUACACAAGCAGAUACGGCUACAAGAUGUGUCUACGGGUCUACUUGAAUGGUGAUGGCACUGGACGGGGAACUCAUCUGUCUCUCUUCUUCGUGGUGAUGAAAGGCCCCAAUGACGCUCUCUUGCAGUGGCCUUUUAAUCAGAAGGUAACAUUGAUGUUGCUGGACCAUAACAACCGGGAGCAUGUGAUCGAUGCAUUCAGGCCUGAUGUGACCUCGUCGUCCUUCCAGAGGCCUGUCAGUGACAUGAAUAUUGCCAGUGGCUGCCCCCUCUUCUGCCCUGUGUCCAAGAUGGAGGCCAAGAAUUCCUAUGUGCGGGAUGAUGCUAUCUUCAUCAAAGCUAUUGUGGACCUAACGGGACUCUAGCCACCCCUACUAAGAAUAGCAGCUCAGUGGAGAGCUGCCACGUUAGGCCAGCCAGGGCCCUGCCACACAAGGGUGGGCAGGCUUGGUGUGAAUGCUGCGGAGGGCCUCAGCCUCAAGCCAAUCACCAUCACACAGAAAGGCAGGAAGGAGCCUCCAGUUGGUUCUUAACUGAUAAACUGAGUUGGGUCCACUGAGUUCAGGGUCUUGGUGGAACCAGCUGGGGAUCUCCUCAGUUUUCCAGUAGAAAAGCUCUUGCUGACUUUUCUGUCUGGGGAAGGGAGAGACCCUCGGGUGAGGUGCUCAGAAAGUGCCUCCCAAAAGAGAGCCUCCAGAGCUGCCUCCAGAGCUUCACCAGGAGCGAGAGUGACUGGCCUUCCCCACCCUGGCCUUUGGAAAAGAGGUAGGGGCUGCACGGGAGAAGGCACCUGCAGAGUGUAGCCCAGGAGAGAAGCUCUCUGAGACAUAGGCACUCACUGGAGACGGGCCUGCCUGGUCUGCACAGCCCUGCCAGGUGUCCUGUAUGGAGAAGUGAUUAAACUAUUCAGAUGUCUCU